GUUUGCUCUGUACACGACCGACUUCCAACACAACACAGAGGCUUGCCACAUACAGAAAUUCUCAGAUGAUACCGUCAUUGUGGCCUGCAUUAAGGAAGACAAGGAGGUGGAGUACAGGCAGCUGGUGCAGGAUUUUGUUCUUUGGUCCAAGCAGAACCAGCUACUGCUAAAUAUUAGAAAAACGAAAGAACUAAUUCUGGACUUCAGAAGACAACCCCCCCUCUCCCAGCCAAUAUGCAUUGAUGGUGACCUGGUGGAGACGGUCACGUCUUAUAAAUAUUUGGGAGUGGUGUUGGACAAGAAACUGGACUGGAACGAGAACACCACCCUGCUCAGUAAAAAAUGUCAAACCAGGAUGUACUUCCUGCGAAGGCUGGCAUCUUUUAAUAUUUCCACCAAGCUUCUUAGUAUGUUUUAUCAAUCAGUCAUUGAAAGUGCUCUGCUGUACGCUGUGGUGUGCUGGUGCGGCACAAGCAAGAAAAACCUGACCCGACUAAAUAAGAUCAUCAGGAGGGCUAGCUCUGUUGUGGGACUGAAGCUGGCCUCAGUGGAGGAGGUGGCCGAACAACGGACAUUGUUGAGACUUCAGGCAAUCAUGGACAAUGUGACACACCCUAUGCAUGAGGCCAUCAGUAAGAGGAAGAGCAGCUUCAGCAGCAGACUUUUAUCCCAACGCUGCACCACAGACAGACUUAGGAAGUCUUUUGUCCCACGAGCCAUCAGACUGCACAACACUCUGUGUUGAGAGCUUUUACUUUAUCUUUUUGAUUAGGCUGGAAUUCUGGGAAACUUGGCUUGAUUUUGAUUUUGGGUGAUUGUUUAUGUUUAUAUUUGCUUGUACCUUUUUAUCAUUUUAUUUUUUAUCUAUUUAUUGUGUUUUAUUUUAUUUUUUUAGGAAUGAUUGUGUUUUUAUGUGUGGGCAGCUGGCCACUUAAAAAUUUCCUUCGGGAUCAUUAAAGUUUAUCUUAUCUUAUCUUAUCUUAUCUAAAGUUUAUUAACCACAGAAUGUUUUAUAGGCAAUCCUAUAGCUGAGGUGUCCAUAAUGCCUGAUACACACGUGUUCAUUGGAGAGACUGUUACUCUCAGAUGUGAAAUAUGGGGAGAAGCAGCCAGUCUGUGGAUCUACAGCUGGUACAAAAACAACAACAAACUUACUGAACUAUUAAACCAGGAGAUCACAAUCGGGUUUGUUGAAUAUGAUGACGGUGGUGACUACAGCUGCAGUGGACAGGAUGGGAUCUUUCAGAAAUCAGAGAUCAGUGAUGUUGUAACGCUGAUUGUAUCAGAAUGUUUUAUAGGCAAUCCUAUAGCUGAGGUGUCCAUAAUGCCUAAUACACACGUGUUCAUUGGAGAGACUGUUACUCUCAGAUGUGAAAUAUGGGGAGAAGCAGCCAGUCUGUUGCUCUACAGCUGGUACAAAAACAACAACAAACUUACUGACCAAAUAAACCAGGAGAUCACAAUCGAGUUUGUUGAAUAUGAUGACGGUGGUGACUACAGCUGCAGUGGACAGUAUGGGAUCUUUCAGAAAUCAGAGAUCAGUGAUGUUGUUAAACUGUUUGUAUCAGGAGCAUCACAGGCAUUUUAUCACUGAUUACAAGCUGAAUUGUUUUGAGUUUCUGUUUUGAGUAUCUGUUUCUAUGUAACUGUCCAAUGG